UAUAUUUAUUGCCUUUAUCUAAAAAAUUACAUGGUAUAUUUUAGGAAACUUCUAGUUUGCGUUUGGUAUGCUUUAAGUGAUACGUUACGGUCACACUGCACCCUAGACGAAAAAAGAAGCGAAAAGAUGCAGAGAAAAUAAACAACGGUGUACUAUGCGACCAUAUAAAUAUUUGAGAUUACAUACUGAAAAAUGGAGGCAAUAUCGAAGAUUCCCCUGAUAUUGUGUGGCCUGUUCGUCUUGUUCACCGCAGCAGUGGCCACCAGUGGCGACAGUACUAACUGCCGGGCCACCUACAGUAGCGCCGAGGCGUCUCUGGCCCUCACUCCGCAGCAGCAUCGUCCGCAGAUCAGGACCAGGACGAGGACCUGGCAGGAGCACGAGUUCUCGCUGCUGGGCUACAAGUUCCACCUGCCGUUCGUGGGGCAUGCAGUUGAUUCGGAUCUAGAUGAUAGUGACUGUGAUGAGGGUCUGUGGCUGAAUGCGCAGGAUGCCGGAUCGGAUAGCGUUGAGGUGGAUGAACAUGAAAUUCCUCCGAGUGGUCUAGUGGAUCUCUCGGACAAUGUGUUCAAGCUCAGCUGCGACCGUGUGGGGCUAAGGCAAGUGAAUCGGGAACUGCUCUCCCCGAGGAGUGCGCACAUCAACUACCAUCAAUUAAUGCUGGUCCAUGUGCCUGCGGAUCUCAGUAAUCCGCUGCAGCUGGCGCAGAACAAGAGCGUCAGGGAAUUCACUUGGCGCGAGAGUGACCUAAGGGAUGAAUCACUUACGGAGCUCUUUAGCCGCCAACCAGACUGCUUCGAGUACAUGGAAAGGCUGAACCUGGUUGAAAAUCGCCUGGUGUGCUUUCAUUGGAUCCUUCCUCAGGCGAUGCAACGCCUGGAAGUACUGAAAGUAAGCGGAAAUCGGUUGGCCAACUGUAGCCUAAUGACCCUGCAGCACAUGAAGAGCCUGCAGGAGCUGCACUUGGACAGAAAUGAGCUGAGCAUCGUACCGCGAUUCCUGGGCGAACUCCGAGAAUUGCGCGUGCUUAAUCUUAGCCAGAAUUGGCUGACUGAGCUUCCCCGGGAUACGUUUGGCGGAGCCGUUAAGCUGGAGCGGCUUUAUCUCUCCGGAAAUCGGCUGAGCGUUCUGCCAUUUCAGCUCUUCCAGACAGCAGGUGACCUCCAAGUCUUGGACCUCAGCGACAACCGCCUCCUCUCCUUCCCCGACAACUUUUUCGUCCGCAACGGUCAGCUCCGUCAGUUGCACUUGCAGCGCAAUCAGCUCAAGUCCAUCGGCAAGCACAGUCUGUAUGGUCUGCGUGAACUGCGGCAGCUAGAUCUUAGCCAGAAUUCGCUGGCCAGCAUCGAUCGCAAGGCGUUUGAGUCCCUGGACCAGCUACUCGCCUUGAACGUGUCCGGCAACAACCUGACCCUGCUGUCAUCCAUCAUCUUCCAGUCACUGCAUGCCCUCAGGCAGCUGGAUCUCAGUCGCAACCAGUUCAAGCAGCUUCCCAGCGGCCUGUUCCAGCGACAGCGCUCCCUGGUUCUGCUACGCAUCGAUGAGACGCCCAUUGAGCAGUUCUCCAACUGGAUAUCGCGUUACGAUGAGUCGUUUGUAGAUCCGCAGGUGCUGCAUCGCCUGCGUUACCUCUCGCUGCAGCAGAAUCGCCAUCUAACUCACUUGCCAGCUACUCUUUUCGCCAAUACUCCGAGUGUAAGGGAGUUACUACUGGCGGAGAAUGGAUUGCUGCAGCUGCCCACACAGAUCUCGGGACUGUCGCGGCUGCAGCGCCUCAGUGUCCGUGGCAAUAGAUUGGCGUCGCUGCCCGAAAGUAUCAAGGAGCUCGGACAGCUGCACUACCUCAAUAUAUUGGGCAACGAGUACCAGUGCGACUGCAGCAUGUACUGGCUGUCGGCUUGGCUGGCUAGCACCAACACUAGCCUGCGUCAUCUCCAGCCCCAGGCGCAGGCUCAGGCCACUGGCAAUGCGAAUCCCAGCCAGAACCCGCUGGAACCGUACGAAAGUAUCGACGACCAAAUCGAUGCGCUGAAGUGCCAGUACGGCUAUCCCGGCGACAUGCUGCGCGUGCUGAGCAAUCUCAACUGCUCGGUGCCAUCGGUGGUGCAGUUUUCCGAGCCCAAAAUGCACAAGCUCCUCUCCACCGCCAAGCUCGAGUGCCAGAUCUCCGGCAGCCCAGUUCCGGACAUCAUCUGGGUUACUCCUCGCAACAAGAUUUUGCGCCACCACGCCGAUCCCGACAAGCGGCCAAUCAUCAUCGAUAGCAAGGAGGAUGCCCACCAGCCACCAAGUGCGCAGGAGUUGGCUGCUCUGAUGGACGAAAGCUACAUCCAGGCGCUGAACCUGACACGACAGCAGAGUCUGGUGGGUCAGCGCGUGGUGCUGGUGGAGAACGGAUCGCUGCUGGUGCACAAUAUAUCCCGGAUUGACAGUGGCCUGUACACCUGCUAUGCGUUUAAUGUCAUGGGAAAGGCCUCGGCGGGAUUAAGACUGUACAUCGACCCCAUUGUCUUCUAUCGAGUGAAAAUCGGCAGUAUACUAUUUGGUACGGCCCUGGCCACCGCAUUCCUUCUGCUGACACUGAUGGUCCAAGGACUGAGGAGCUGCCUGUCCCGCUGGGGCAUCUUCGAUCGCUUUUAUUGCUGCGCCAAUCGGACCAAGAAGUCACCGCGUCCACGCCAAAUAUACGCCAUGCUGGACAGCAUCGAGACGUACAAGAGCCAGCAGUUGGAGCGACUGCGCGAGAACUACGCACAGCAAGUGCACCGCAUUCGCGAAAACUGCGCCCAGCAGGUGGAGUGGAUCCAAAGCAGCUACACCAGCCAGGCCAAGCACAUCCGCGAGUUCCGCGACAUAGGUUCGAAUCAUCUAACCACACUGAAGGAUCAAUACUACGAUCAGGUGAAGAAGGUGCGCGACUAUUCGACCGGUCAGUUGAGCUGGGUGCGGGAAAACUAUGUCUUCCAGCGGAACAAAAUCAGGAAGUUUAGUGCGCAUCAGGUGCUGCGCUUGCGGGAGGGAUACAAGUACCAACAGCAAACGCUUAACAAGGUGCUGGAGAACCUGCCCAGUUUCUACUUCGAGAACUGUCGCGGUGGCUGUGAGGAAGACCUAGCUGAGGACAUAGACUGCUAUUUCAAGGGCCAAAUGGACUUUGCCGACUCCAAGGAGCUGCACAUACAAAAAAUAAAAGCGCGCCUAUCUACCAAUUACUCAGCCAGCAAGGCGUCGAUCUAUUAUACCCCACCCGAUGAUGACCUGCUGCAUAUUUCGCAACUUAAUUUGCAAACAUCACCCAUUCACAUCAACUACAUUGAUGAGAAUCUUGACCAGCAAAAGCAGUUGGAGCACGACUUUAAAAUGGAACCCGAGCUGCUGCUCUACAAUGCCCCGCUGCUCUAUUUGAAUCCGGAAGGAGCAAGCAGCAGUAGUCAGGCGGCGGCUAUGGCGGCAGCAGUGGCCUUGUCGCAGGCCAUUAGCUUGGAGGACAAUAACCAAGAGCAGGAGAUGCAGCCCCUGAAGCGGUCCUGCAGAAACGAAAACGAGCUGCCCGAACUGAAGGACUCCAACGAUGUGAAGAACUCGAAAUCCUGUCCGGCCAUUUACAAGAUCUCCAAACAGCUGGACGGUAGCACUCUCCAUGAGCUGCAGAAGGAAGGUGAAGCCCCCUACCAAAUGCUUCGUCUAAAUCCCGUGGAGACCACGUCGGUGACAGCGGUGAGACCUGCUAUGCAGGCGAGGACGGAUAACCUAAAUAUCAUUCUGGAUGAAUGCGGCAAGGCAGCCGACGAAGUGAUUAGUGAGACUCCUCCAUCCGGGUCUAGUCGAGAGUCCAACAGCUCGGACGCCAGUUGCGGUGAUGUCUGCCAGGUCAGCAGCAAGUUGGUCAACGCCUCACCAUCAUCUCCUCAACAGAAGGCAGCCCAUGCUUGCACUUAGAGAUUUUUUUAAAAAUUUUUAAUUAGUAGCUAUAAUGAGAUCUAACGAAAAUAUAAAUUGUAGACGUUAGUAAAUCCAACGGAUCUGCAUAUAAAGUUAAUGUUAAUGGUUACGAUACAAUGGUAAGGCAGAAAACAAUAAUUACACUUAGAGUUAAUUAGCAAAACAUAUGAAUUCAAGUGCUGAACUUUAGCAAGUCAUGCGACUAUACAGAAAGAUGAUCAAAAUCAAAGCUUAAAGAAUUUAAAAUAGAGGUCAACUCAUACCUGGAAUCUACCGCUUAGAUAUCAUGUCAAUAAUACUUAAAAAGCGCCCCCAUUUGUGAUUUCAUUGCAUAACGAGUGUAAAGUAUCAGAACUGUAAAAAGAAUGAAGUAUUUUAAAAUGAAACCGACAAAUUUUAAUCAUAUUGUGUGAAAGAAAAAACAGGAUCUUUAAAAUAAAAAGUUUACUAUAAAGCAA